AGACGCAAUAACUUUCGCUCCGUAGUUUUUAUUUAAUAUUCGUUACUUUUUAGUUACUUGUGAACAAAGUCUAGUGUGGGUUUUACAACGGACAUGUACUAUACAUAGUGAUAUAAUCAAAAUACGUAAAUAGUGCAGUAUUCGUGAGCAAUAAGUAAAAACAUUUUUAGAGUUAUUCGUUGUUUUGACAAACCGGGCGGGCGAUAGUGCGGCCACUGCAAAGCGCUUGCAUCUACCCUCACUGAACGCUAUUAUCCCACGUCUUUGAUACGAUCGCGAUCUAGUCUAUAUAUCGAUAUCAAUACCGCAUGGAAUUUAAUAAUAAAUUAACAAUGGCGUCAAUUAAUAAAUGCUACGGUUGCAAAACUGCUCUAAGGAAUAAAGAAUAUUUAGUGUGCGCUGUCUGUGAGAAUAAGUACGAUAUACUAUGCGCUAAUGUACCUGAGAAAAAAUUUCAAUAUUUAGUUGACAAAAGAAAUUGGAAAUGUCUUGGCUGCCGAAACAAACAACCCAAACGCGAUAAUAGCAUUACACCAGUUAGGUCGUCGAUCGGUGCUGCCGCAGCAAGCAGUGCAAGCAUUUGUGACGACUCAACAGAGUCAUACGAGUCAGGUCAGAGUAGUAACGUUACCAUCCGACCCAGUCAGCAACGGCGCGCGGCCCCGCCUGUCGAGGCUGCUGUUACUCUUGACGCCAUUAGGGAAGUUAUUAGACAGGAGAUUAUGCCGUCGGUUAAAGAAAUGGUAUCCGAAGAGUUAAAAGGUAUCAGACUACAAAUAUCUGACUUUCAUGAGGCUGUCGCAUUUUUUAACAAACAGUACGAGGAAAUUAAAACUGUUCUAAAGGAUAAAGUUGCUACGUUGACUAAGUUACAACAAAAUAAUGAAUCCAUGCAAUGUACUAUUAAAGAUUUGUCGUUUAGGUUGUGUUCCCUCGAACAGAGCAUGCGUGAAAGCAACCUGGAGAUUAAUGGUAUCCCAGAGCACAAGUCUGAAAAUCUAGUUAAUACGGUUUUGCAAUUAGGCAAUGUGAUAGAUCAUCCUAUCAAUGAAGAGGAUAUUCUGAAAGCAACACGUGUUAUGAAGUUUAACAAAGAGAGUGACAGACCUCGAAGCGUUAUUGUUAAACUGAAGAGUCCACUAUGUCGAGAUUCUGUAAUAGCAGCAGUUACAAAGUUUAAUAAAAAGAACGCAAAAGACAAGUUAAGCUCACAUCACUUGGGUAUUAGCGGUGCUCGGGUACCUGUUUUCGUAGCAGAGCAUCUUAUACCAAGUAGUAAGACUUUACAUGCUGCAGCAAGAAAGAAGUCGAAAGAAUUGAAUUACAAGUUCGUGUGGGUUCGUAACGGCCGAAUUUACGUGCGUAAAGAUGAGUCCUGCAAAGCAAUACUGAUUCGAGAUAUGGAUAGCUUACAUCUUAUCACAUAA